AUGUCUGAAAUGAACGAGCUGUCCGAGCUCUAUGAGGAAAGCAAUGACCUGCAGAUGGAUGUGAUGCCUGGCGAGAGUGACCUUCCGCAGAUGGAGGUAGGCGGCGGGAGCCGGGAGCCAUCCCUGAACCCCUCCCGCGCCGGGGCCCAGCCACAGCUGGAGGAGGAAGGCCCGAUGGAGGAGGAGGCCGCCCAGCCAAUGGCGGAGCCGCUGGGGCAGCGAGGCCUCGCUAGCCGGCCCGGCCCUGGGGAGCAGCCAGGCCAGAUCGCGGGCCCUGAUUUCGAGAGCGAGGACGAGGGCGAGGAAUUCGAUGACUGGGAGGACGACUACGACUAUCCGGAAGAGGAGCAGCUGAGUGGUGCAGGCUACAGAGUAUCAGCGGCCCUUGAAGAAGCCAACAAGAUGUUUUUGAGAACCUCCAGAGCAAGAGAAGCAGCUCUGGAUGGCGGGUUUCAGAUGCAUUAUGAGAAGACCCCGUUUGAUCAGUUUGCUUUUAUCGAAGAGCUUUUUUCACUCAUGGUUGUCAAUCGUCUGACCGAAGAGCUCGGCUGUGAUGAGAUUAUUGAUAGAGAGUAGUUAAACGCUGUGAAGAGAGGAGGAAACUACUUGAGGAGAGACCUGGCAUUCCACUGUCUCUUGGGUUCAUUCCAAAUAGUUCCGUGCCAAUGAAAAACUUGGUCUUCAAAAAAAAAAUUUUUUUUUUUUUUGUAGAAUAAAGUAGCGACUGCACAGUUAUGAAAAAGGAAAUUGUUAAAGAAAAAGGAUCUAAAUACUGUCGAAACCUGUUUUCAAGAAUGUCCUGAAACAUUUAUGGCUUUGACUUUGUUAUUGAUCCAGAUUAAUUUCCUUGCAUUGAGGAAAAUAUAUGUUCCUGUAAGGGAUGGCUUUGCAAGAGUAAGUCAUGACCAAGACAGACUGCCAGUACAAGAGCCCACUGAUACUAAUUAUAUGCGAAAAAGUAACUAAUUUAUCCAGCUUAGGACAUGAGAUGUUUUUUGAGUUAUUUGGACUGAAAGCAUAUCGAGAAAACUGUCAGGUUCCAUUUUGUGAUCUAUCCAAGCCGUGGUUAUCAAAAGCUAAAUUUUUAGUGUAAAAUAAAUCGAGUAUUCUUCAGUAUCCCGAAAGGAUAAUCAAACCCCAAAAGAAAUAUGUAUCAUGUGUGCUAUAUCUUAAAAUGUGUUUCCAAGAGCAUCUGAGAUUUUGUUUGUACAUGUAUCUUGAUCAUUUUUAAAGCUACUGUAACCUUUAAUUCAAGAAAAUUCAUUUUCUUGGACAUUUUUAAAAGUCAAAAAUUAAGAUGUCCUUAAUAAGUUUCAAAUGUAGACAUUAAUGUGUAUGUGAAAGUACAAAGAAAACACACUAUUUCUAACAUCCGUAUAUACUAGAGAAAUAUUGUGUUUUACUUGCUCUCUGUUUUUCAUUUUUUACAGGCAAAAGACUCUGGUUGAACUUCAUAAUGUAAGAACUGUUAAGUGAAAAUUGUCCAGUAAAAGGAAAGCCCUACACCUAAAAAAGACUUCAUGAACAACCCUUAAAGGUUUUAAACCUGCCCAGAAAUCCACCUCGGUAUCUGAAGUUUCCCUCUGUCUCCUCCUCUAAUUAAGCUUGUUAGUGGUUAUGCACCAGCAUUGGGGAUAAUAAAAAUUUCUUGUUCUGUGUAAAAAAAAA